CCUUGUUGUGCCUCCCUGCGCAAUUCUGCAGCCCAAGGCCCCUUUGGUAGCCGUCGUGUCCGACUGAUACAAAUUUAUACUUUUUUUUUUUAUUUAUUUUUUUAAAAAAAUGUAUACCAACAAAUUAAAAUAGAUUAACAUAGAGUGUCCAAAAUGAGCAAUAGUAAAGUAAUAAAAAGUUUAAUCAUUUCCACAUUUUGUUGGACUGAAAGAAGGCGUUAAACAUAGCUUUAAGCUUUGCUCUUUGCUACUUAUUGUCGUUGUACUGUUUUAUUUUAUAAGCAAGACGUUAAAUUAUUACAACUGACUAUUAAUUAAUUAACGAACUGUGUUUUGUAUUUAAACACAAAACUUUAGUUGUCGACAGGCACAAAACUUUAAGCUAAUUGGUAGGACCCGGGGUGCAGGAUGUACAGAAGAUGAGAGAUAUGACAUGACACCGGAAGUGGUGGAAUUUUAAAGGCAGUAGAUAGACUCAGAGGAAGAAAGCCGUUGGUUGAGGAGUGUGAACAUGGACAAACCGCAGCAGUAUCAUUAUUCCGGAGGGACACCGCAUCAACCUCCACAUCCACCGCAUAUGGCACCGAGAGGAGACUUUCCCGCAGCACCUCCACCAGAGUCGUGGGAUGUUUACCGGCAGCACCAGACUCCGCCGGUUCCACACCGUCACUGGCCCCCGUUUCCCCCGGCACGACCACCGCCGCCGCACGGGUCUCUUCAUGUUUACCCGUCCCAUCUGCCUUUCGACCCCAGCAGACCUCCUCCUGGUUAUUUCGCGACAUCUCCAGCACCGACACCUUCUUCUCCUGCAAACCCUGGACACAGUGAGGAUCCACCUCGCUUUCAUCCACCCAACAGAGCUUACCAGUCUAACAUGGAUAACUAUCAUAGAGGACAUUUUGAUCAGAGUGGCAGCUUUUCAAACUCUGCUCCUCCAUCAUAUCAGUCUAGUUUUCAGUCUAAUAACAACAUCUCGGCUCAUAAUUACCCUGUGGACCAUCAUAAGCAAAGUGAUCCAUCACAGGUUCCUCCUGAUUACUCUGACAGAAGCAGCAACAAGCAACAUGAGGAUGCUUGGCAGAGAAAACAAGACGAGCAGUGGAUUCAUGCUUUCUUACAAAGAAGAAGAAAAACAGCACCUUCUUCUGUGAGGCACUCUCCCCCAAAACAAUCUGUGUCGGAUUUCAGAGAGAAGUUGUACACUGCGGUUAAAAUGCUAUCUGAGCUCUCUGAGGUGUGCCAAACGUUAAAAAACAACCUUGAGAAUGAAACUGCAUGGACCGACUCGUACUCAAGAGCAGUGGAGCUGAAGAGCAGCCUGGAGGAAAGCCUGAAGACUCUGAAUGAUCCGGACAGAGUGGACAUGGUGAAGAAGAAGCUGGCUUUGAUCAAGAAGAAGCGAGCACGCAUGCGCAGGAAGAAAGCCGAGCGCGAGGAGGAGAAACAAGAGCAAGAAGCACGAGCAGCAGAGAAAGAGGCGGCCAUUGAUAAGCACCAGAUGAAGAAGAUACAAGAAAUCGAAGAAAAAAACAGGGAGCAAGAACUGAAGCUGGCGGCCGAUGCUGUGCUCUCUGAAGUCAGGAGGAAGCAAGCUGAUGCCAAGAGAAUGCUGGACAUCCUCAAAGCUCUGGAAAAGCUGCGGAAACUCCGCAAAGAAGCUGCAUCCAGGAAAGGCAUGUUUCCAGAGAAGGAGAGUGACGAGGUGUUUGAGGGCCACCUGACGCGGCUCAGGACUCUGAUCAGGAAACGCACGGCUGUCUACGGGGCCGAGGAGAAAGCACUGAGGGUCAUGCUGGAGGGAGAGCAAGAGGAGGAGCGCAAACGUGAUCAUGAGAAGCGGCAAAAAAAAGAAAGAGAGAAGCUGCUGCAGAGGAAACGGGAGAUCGACAUGAUGCUAUUUGGAGCUGAACUGCCUCUUGAUCAUCCGCUUCAGCCGUACCAAGAAUACUACACCCAGGCAGAGAGGUCACUACCUGCCCUCGUCCAAAUAAGGAGAGACUGGGAUCAGUUUUUAGUUCCUGUGGAUCACCCUGAUGGUUCCACCAUUCCUCAGGGCUGGGUUCUACCUGAGCCGCCAGCUGAUGACGUCUGGGCCAUCGCUCUGGAGAAAUAAACAUCUAAGGAAACCACAUCCUAUUCAUUACUGAAUGUAACUGACUGAUAUUUCAAAGAUUGACCAUUGGACUAUGACUUGGCGCUGUUUUAUGGUGCACCAAUCUCCAACUAAAGACAGCUAUUAUUUAUUGUACUAUGUAAUACUUUAGAAGAAUAAACUGUAUGUACUGAGUUGUUUAUAUUGA